AUGAGGAGAGAUGCCUCGCCCCAAGGUCCGACCAGAGGAUCGGCAGCGGUCUGCGAAAGCAUGCUUGCCGUGCGAAGAGCCACAUCAUCCUGUCGCUAUGUGGAAUCGGGUCAUGCCAGGCAUUCAGCAAAGCCUCAAUAUAGCCAGCCACAGGCCUUCAGGACAUCGGCGGAUGAGUCCAACCAGUUUGCGAAAAGACCCAACUAUGUGACUUCAACGUCCAGAGAGGUGUCGACUCCCGUUCCGGGACGCAUCAAUUCUGUCCCGCGCGACGUGCCCGCGUCAACUGGCCAGAGGCUCACCGGAGGCCGAAUGCUCCUCAAUUCGAAGGGAGAGAAAGUCUACAUCGGAGGAUUUGCUUCCCUCUCGUUUCUGCAAUUCCUUCGCCAGACCAUCAGACAGCAGAUGGGGCCAUCUCUGUUUACCGAAAAUAAUCGUCGCCAUGUCAUGCUAGAGGCCACAAGCCCUGAAGACACAAAUAACAACUUUGUCGAAGACGAACUCCAGAAACGAGCCAUGAUCGAUGUCUACUUUGCUGCUACAAACGGAAUCUUGGACCUAUUUGCCAGAGAGGAAGUUGAAGCAUAUUUGCCAACUGUGAACGCUCCAGUUGUCGAGAAACGUGAGUAUAUGACGGCUGCUCUCGACCUUAUCGUUGCUAUCGGGGCACAAUGCCGAGCGGCAGAUCAAUUCGAUCGACAGUAUGCCGUGAGACUCUUUUCGCGAGCGCAGAAGACUGCUCUCGCUGGCGGCCUCGAGGAUCCUUGUCUUGAUAUGGUGCGUUGCUUCCUCCUCAUGACGUUCUACAUGCUGGGAGCCUGUCGAAGAAAUGCUGCUUUCAUGUACAUGGGAAUUGCCAGUCAGGCUGCCUCCGCCCUAGGCCUCCAUGUCACCGAGCAAUAUCGUCAUUUCAAUGCUUCAGACCAGAGCGUGCGGCUACGCACACUGAAGAGCCUUCGGGUCCUGGAUGUCAUGUAUUGCUCGAUUCUAGGGAGGCCUUACUCGACGGGAGCAAUCAGAACCGACCACGUCGCAUUGAACAGUAUAGACAUGCACACGAGCAAGUCUCGCGACCUUGCAUUGAAUGCCAGCUUCCGGGCAUGUACGAUCAUCACCGAGAUCACCCAACGCUUUGACUGUGACGGAUCCAUUGGCUUCCGCACCGCCGAAAGAUUCCUCGAACGUCUCCAAGAAUGGAGCGUCAGCCUGCCCGAUGACAUGCGGCAGUUCAAGAAGCCCGUCGAUCAGUCCUUGACACUGCCGGAGCAGGAGCAAAUGAUUGGGAAUAUCCACGUCUCCUGCAUAUAUUACUUCGCGGUGAUGCUCGUGACCAGACCGUUCCUGAUCUCACAUCUGAUGCAUCAAUUGACUGGGAGCACAGGCGACGGCUCCGUCGCAAGGGAGACAUCCGCAUCGCAAGCGGAUGUGGUCGAUGUGGCUCAGGCUUGUAUUGACUCGGCCAUUCUCAUGGCCAAUAUGUGCUACGAAGCCCUCCAGUCCGGUAUUCUGCUCAAACAGAUGUGUAUAAUGAAGGCCUGGGUCUUCGCCGCCGGCCUGGUGUUGGGAUUCUCGAUGUUCGUGCAGGGCGAGUCCCGCUUCGACAUGGACGACUCAUUCAACAACGCGCGCGAGGUCCUCCGAAACCUCUCCGUCCACAGCCCCCAGGCUGAGCACUACUACGAGAUUCUCAGCGGCUUCGCCGACGUCAUCCAACGACACCGCCAACAUCUCUCGCGCGAAAAGCGCCGCUUCAAGAACAAAUACGUCGACCAGAUCUUGACGCUAGACGUCAGUCCGAGCGCCGCCGGAUCUCAGUCGACGUAUUCCCCGCGCACGCCGCAGUCCAGCGACCAUGGCCUCGGGGUUCCAGACACUGCCGUGGCGAGUGGAGCUGCAACAGGAGGAGGGGGAGGGGGAGCAGGGGCAGGGGCAGGAGGAGAAGGGGCUGUAGAGAGCGAUUUUGAUUUGCACGGAACGCUGCAGAUGACCGACUUAAGCCAUUGGCCACUGGAAAACGGCGGCGGCUUCGACUUUGGCAUGUUCGGAUGGGACAACUUUGCCAUGCAGAUUUCAGAAAACUUCUCCUUCGACACCGAGCCCGUCGUUUGGGACGUCACUUGA